CGUGUCACACUCAAACCCGUCCGGCGGAAGAUGUGCUCAGGGCCUUGUCACAAAGGAAAUGGCGAGCGGUGUCGGCAAACACAAGAUACUAAAUGUUGGACCUACAGAGCCCUGGUCAGUCAGGGAAAAACUGUGUCUGGCCUCCUCUGUUAUGAGAAGUGGCGACCAAAACUGGGUGUCUGUAAGUAGAGCCAUCAAGCCUUUCUCAGAGACUGGUCGUCCACCAGACUGGUUCUCUCAGAAGCACUGUGCUUCACAAUACUCUGAGCUGCUGGAAGCCACAGAAGCACCAAAGCGUAAGCGUGGUGAGAAGGGCGAGGUGGUUGAGACCAUUGAAGAUGUCAUUGUUCGUAGACUGACCACUGAGAGGAUAGAGGAGCUGAAGAAACUUCUGCGAGACACACAAGAGCAAUACAGGAAGUUGAAGAAGGAGGUGGAUCUGAUACAGGCGGGUCACAUGGACUCCCAGUUGAAGGAGCUGUGGGCAGAUAUCGCACUAAAGAAGAAGCAGGAGGAGGAGGAGGCAGAACAAAAGAGGAAAGCAACAGAAAUGGCUUACCAAGCUCGUCAGGCGAUGAAGAACACACCUAAGCGUUUGCCCAGUGUGACUGUACGUUCUCCACUGGGUGCCAGUCCGCCAAUGCUGGAUUCUCAGCCCGACUCUUCUGUUCCCACACCACCCAUGGAUACGGGAGGCAGUGCUUCUGAUGACACCACCACCCACUCAGUUGCUCAGGGGGUCGGUGUGUUUCUACCAGUGACAGACGCUCCAGGUCCGGGGCCCAAAGAUGGAGGUCUGGCAGCUCUAGUAGACGACUCGUCACAGAAGAGGCUCCUGACCCAGAAAUCCACACCACCACCUUCUCCUCUUCUCUCAGAACUGCUGAAAAAAGGCAACCUCAUCUCAGCAAGCCCCCGCCUGGUUGCAGAGGGAGACUCUCCUGGAAACCUCACCAAUGGUCUACAGACAGUCACUGCAGCCACUGCCUUACCAACGGGUCAUGAUGUCCUCACAGAGGGUGAAGCUGAAGCUGCAGUAAAGGCAGAACUGGGUGAGGAGACGGGACUAGUAGAAGAGGAUCUUGUCGCUGUGUCGUAUAUGGGAGACGAGCUGGACCUUGAGACAGUGGGAGACAUCAUUGCCAUCAUAGAGGAGAAGGUGGACGACUCUGUGGAGGCUUUGGAUGCAGCAGCGGUGGAAGCAGCACUGUCUCUGUGUGAAGAGGCUGUUUCAGAGGGGCACACCCUCCCUGGUCCCUGGGAGACCCAGGAGCUGGAACCUUCUGAUCCUACACCCACAAUCCAAGACUCUAACCAAACACAGGAGCCUCAGGAUGUGACCACAAUGUCAGCCCCAACACCUGUGAGCACAGAGAGCCACAACCGACCAGAGACUUUAAGAGAAGAGCAGCUUAAGGGAAACUGUGAGGGAGCAGAGGUGACGGGGUGUGAUGUGACUUCUUCUGUCACCUCUGAUGAUGGUGCCACAGGAAGUGAGGUUACAGAGGAGGCAGUGACGGGGAAGGAGGCCACUGAAGCUACUGUAAAAAUUGAAAGAGAGGAAUGGAGCCAACCUGAGCCCAACCCACCUUGUUUAGACUCUGAGGAUAGCUCUGUGUCUGGCAAAGAGUCCAAGGAGGUAAAGGAGGAGGAGGUGGGCAGUGAGGGUGACCCUGAAGAAGGGAUGGAGCUGAAGGAGGAGUGUGGGGAGGGGCCCUAUCUAUCAGAGGUGGAGCGGGCAGCCAGCGAAAGUGAAGACGGCUAUGGCCCACCAUCUCAGCGCUACACAGCAGAUUCGCUGGCCAGCAGCCCGGCCUCUUCUUCCCAGCUAUCAACAUGUGGUGAGGACCAGGAGGCGGUGCAGGCACAAAAGAUCUGGAAGAAAGCCAUUAUGUUGGUGUGGAGAGCUGCGGCCAACCACAGGUAUGCCAGUGUCUUCCUGCAGCCUGUGUCAGAUGACAUCGCCCCCGGUUACCACAGCAUUGUACACAGACCCAUGGACCUGUCGGCAAUAAAGAAGAACAUCGAGUCAGGUGUGAUCCGUACCACAGCUGAGUUCCAGCGAGACAUCAUGCUCAUGUUUCAGAAUGCUGUCAUGUACAACUCGUCAGACCAUGAUGUGUACCACAUGGCACUAGAGAUGCAGCGUGAUGUCCUGGAGCACGUCCAGCAGUUCCUGGCCACCCAGCUCAUCAUGCAGACCUCGGAGAACGCCAUCUCUGCCAAGAGCCUCCGUGGCAGAGAAGGAAAUCGUAAGCCGGGAGAGCCAGCUGAGAAGGACAGUGUCCCAAUGGCCUCUCCUGCUUUCCUUCUCUCUCUCUUUGACGGAGGCACCAGAGGUCGCCGCAGUGCCAUGGAGGCAGACCUCAAAAUGAAAAAAUAGACUGAGAUAUCAGAGAGCGAAACACAGAGAGACUGAGAGCCUCUUUUAUAAUCAGAAGAGUUGGCGCUAAAUACUAACUGGUCACUUUGGUUGUUUUGUGAUGAGGACUGUAGACUGUGCGUACCUGGUCUCUGUGUGUAUACACACUUAGUCAUCUGUGCUUUGGCAUAGAUGAGGGUAUAUGUGUUGGUGUAUGUCUGUCAGUGAACUGGAGAGAGCUGCAUCAAGCUUCUGCCUCUCCACUAUGAAUGAUUUGUUCAUGUGAAGUACUUCACUUAAGGACAAAUAAGCCAAUGCACCCCCUCCCCCAAGUAUCACUUCACCAGUGAAGGUUGUAGGUUAACGUUUCCUCCAGCCGAGGUGGAACAGCAGAGAACACCAUGAGAAAAACUUUUUCACCAGCAAAUGCUUGUUUGGGACCAGGUGAUGAAGUAUGGGUGAGUUCGGCUUGCCAGGUUGUUAUCAUGAUGAGUCACGGAUGCAUUAAUACUAAUCAGCUGGUUGUUAAUUUGAGUUUGAGUGUCCUGCACCAAACUGACCAGAUAUGGGCUGAGAGGGCAUGAAAUGGCAACAACAACAUAAUGUACAGGUUUCACAAAAUAAACAUGUCAUGAGUGCUAAAGGAAACAAACCACAUUCACUGCUGAGGUUUUAUCAGUGUGACAACGAUCGUGGCUUGCAUGAUGUUACUGAACAGCUUGUUUAUCUUUAAAGGAACACUGCUGUUUUGGGCACAUUUAUCACUUCGCAUUCAUGCUGAAUGUCUUCAAAAACACAGGUUGACUUCUAACUAACAAUUUAAGGGUAUACGGUGGUGCAGUGGCUAGCAUUGUUGCCUAACAGCUAAAAAAAAGUCACUGGUUUAGAUCUCUGUUCAAAUGAGGGCCUUCCUGUGUGGAGUUUGCGUGAUGUUCUCCCCGUCUGUGUGUGGGGGUUUUCUCCAGACACUCACAGUCCAAAAACAUGCAGAGGUUAACUGGACGCUCUAAAUUGACCGUAGGUGUGAGUGGGAGUGUGAAUCGUCGUUCCUGUGUUUUGGCCUUUCGCCCCAUGUCACCUGGAAUUAGCUCCAGCUCCCCACAACCCUCAUGAGGAUGAUCAAGCGGUAGAAAAUUCAUGAAUGAAAAAAACAAUUUGAAAACAAACUUCACCAUGUGCAGACAGGUGUAAGAUGUUUGAGUGACCUUGUUAGUAAAUGUAUUUUGUUAAGAGUGAUCUUGUGUUUUCAAUUUGGUUCCGUGUUCAGCUACAUUAUUACAUCUUAGUUUAUAGUCGAUUGGUCUGUCCAAGCCCAGAAAAUAAUCGUUUCUCAAGGAGUGGAGAAUAAAUUGGCUCCUUGUGCAUGUAAAAACGUGUGAACCAGAUGUUCACCUCUCAGAUGAAAAGACACUGACAUUAGUUUUGUUCAACAGUUCUUUGAAAUUAACAGAGCCCAGUCAGUCCGUGAAAGUAGGAAGUUUAAGCAUUUGUUUGCUUUGUGAAAUGUCGGGUCGUCGUGUAAUCUCCUGGUUGUGCUGCGUUAAAAUGGCUGAAAUAGCAUUGCAUCUGUAUUUAAGAUGGAGCCAGUGUGUGUGUUGUGUAAAAAGCAUAGGAAACCUGUUUGUAAUGUUGGUGUGUUAGCCGGAGAACAGAAUCAAUUGGUCAGAUAGUUUUGUGUUUGGGUAGCUGAUACAUGUAUUAUUUUCUGUUGUACAUUUGUUAAAUAAAAAGAUUUGAUUUAAACCUAAA